CAUAUACUGCCAUAGCGCGCACCAACCGUUCUCCAUUUCUCCCACCACUACCUAGUGCGACCGCAAUCGAUCGAAAGAACAAUGGCGGCACCGGGCGCCGACGAUGAGAUCCUCUUCGAGUACGGCCCCAUCUUCCGCCAGUACAAGAGCGGCCGCGUGGAGCGCUACAGCUUCCCGCCGAUCCCGGCCGGCGUCGACCCGGCCACGGGAGUCACCUCCAAGGACGUGGUCAUCGACUCCGCCAACGGCCUCUGGGCGCGCAUCUUCCUCCCGCCCGGCAUCCACGACGGCGCCAAGCUCCCCGUCGUCGUCUACUACCACGGCGGCGCCUACGUCCUCGGCUCGGCCGCCGACCCGAUGACGCACAGCUACCUCACGGGCCUGGUCGCGGCCGCCAACGUGCUCGCGGUGGCGCUGGAGUACCGCCUUGCGCCGGAGCACCCGCUCCCCGCGGCGUACGACGACUCGUGGGAGGGGCUCAAGUGGGUGGCCUCCCACGCCACGGCCGGCGGCGGCGGCGAGCCGUGGCUGGCGGACCACGGCGACCUCUCCCGCGUGUUCCUGGCGGGCGGCAGCGCCGGGGGCACCAUCGCGCACGUGAUGGCGGUGCGCGCCGGGGAGCACCCGGGCGGGCUCGGGAUCGGCAUCAGGGGCGUGCUGAUCGUGCACCCGUACUUCGGCGGCGCGGCGGACAUCGGCACGGAGGGCACGACGGGGAAGGCGGAGAAGGCCCGGGCGGACGCGUUCUGGCGGUACCUGUGCCCGGGCACGCAGGGGCUGGACGACCCGCUGUCCAACCCCUUCUCCGAGGCGGCCGGCGGCAGCGCGGCGCGCGUCGCGGCGGACCGCGUGCUCGUCUGCGUCGCCGAGGAGGACGGCCUCCGGGACAGGGGCGUGUGGUACUACGAGAACCUCAAGGCCAGCGGCUACGGCGGCGAGGUGGAGCUGCUCGAGUCCAUGGGCGAGGGCCACGUCUUCUACUGCAUGAAGCCGCGGUGCGAGAGAGCGAUCGAGAUGCAGGAGCGCGUCCUCAGCUUCCUCCGCAAGUGACACCGCCGUGCGCGCGAGCUUGCAAUGGUGCAACGGAUGGAAAUGUUCAAUCCCGUGCCGUGGUGAAGUAAUUUUACAGUCUGUAUGAUGUGCCUAUGGUUGAGCUUGAAAGAGCUCCAUGUAAUAAUUUCUUGUUCGUCCGUUCUUUGUCUCGUUGAUGCAAUGUCUCAGUCCCUCAAGAGCCAAGAACACUCUGACGCAGGGAGCUAGUGGGUUUGUUCACCAACUUUCGGACCUGGUUCUUUUGUCCGAUUAAUUGUGAUGUGCUUUCUU